CGGCUAAAGGUACUACCUGUCCUGAUGGAAUAUGCCAACUUGGACGCGAGUGUGAGUGUGGCGACUCUUGUCAGUGCAGUGACGGAUGUCAGUGUCCUCAAUGUAAAGCCGGAUGCAAAAGUGCAGGUAGAGUGUCUCAUUUGUUAUGCACAGUUAGCUUUAAUCAGGACAAUAAAAAGAAACUCACACCAGGUAUUACUUGUAACUGCGCAUCCGCCGUGUACUGCGCCAAGUGUCCUGGAGGGAAGUGUGGUUGUACUGGUGCAGACUGUUGUACCAAAAACUGUAGAUGCCCCGGAUGUAAGAGCGGAUGUGGAUGCUUCCCGAAGAAAGGUGGCUUCUGUCCUGGUGGACAGUGUCAGGUCGGACGUGCGUGUGAGUGUGGAGAUUUCUGCACGUGCAGUGACACUUGUGAAUGCUCUGUCUGCAAGGCUUGCUGCAAGUGUGGAGGUGCCAAUGUUGUAUGUUCUACGAACUGUCAAUCAGGACAAUGCUGUGAAACUAGUGCUUGUCAGGGCAGGUGCAAGUCGGCUACAGCUGUGUUCUGUGCCAAAUGUCCCGGGAGGAGGUGUGGUUGUACUGGUGUGGAUUGUUGUACGAGCAAGUGUAGAUGCCUCGGAUGUAAAGUCAACUGUAGAUGUUUCUCGGCUAAGCGAGCUACUUGCCAGGAUGGAGCUUGCCACAAAGGGCGUGCAUGUAGGUGUGGCUGCAAAUGCAGUAGCGCAUUCCAGUGUCCAUCCGGCAAAGCUGGGUGCAAAUGUGCAGACUGCAAUUUCGUGUGUUCUGCAGAGUGUGGAUCUAGGCAGUGUUGUGGAACAAGUGCAUGUAAAUGCAACGGCAAAUGCGCAUGCCAGAAGUGCAGAUGCACCUGCGCAUCUGGGAAUUGCACUUGUAAUAGAGGAUGUACUGGACCCUGCACUUGUAAAUGUGUUGCAGAGUGUGGAUCUAGGCAGUGUUGUGGAACAAGUGCAUGUAAAUGCAACGGCACGUGCGCAUGCCAGAAGUGCAGAUGCAACUGCGCAUCUGUUUUUUCCACAAAAACGGGAACUGCACUUGCGAUAGGGGAUGUACUGGACCCUGCACUUGUAGAUGUGUUGCAGAGUGUGGAUCCAGGCAGUGUUGUGAAACAAGUGCAAGUACAUGCAACGGCAAGUGCGCAUGCAACAAGUGCAGAAGCAACUGCGCAUCUGGGAACUGCACUUGCGAUAGGGGAUGUACUGGACCCUGCACUUGUAGAUGUGCUGCAGACUGCACAUGUAAGCAGUAAGUGGUGA